UAUUUCAAACCUUUUUUAUUUUGAGUGACUUGACAAGGUUAACUCUGUAUUUGUAACGAUGGACUCAAAAUGAUUCUAGGAAUGACCCUGUAAAAUGCAGGAGGAAAUCCUACCUUCCUUUGGAGAUUUUGCAUUUCCUUUGGAGAUCAUAUGUGGGCUCCAGUGUUACCAACUCUUCUGUGUGGCUUUCAGACUAGUAUACUAUCUUUUGAAAUUUUAAAUCAGCUUUUAAAAGUUAAGUUAUAUAGCAACUUUAAAUUUGCAUGUAAGUUUUGUUUUUUUUUUUUCUGUUGUGACAUAAUACCAUUUCAGUUUUCUCUGUCUAGUCACUGCAAUUUUGAACUCAGCUUCUAAGUUUGCCGUAUGGAUUACAUGUAUUACCACAAUAUGCUAAAACAAAAGAUCACAAAAAGGACCAGUUUCUUCCAAAAUGCCAGUGUGUAAUAAAUCCUGUAUAAAUUGAGUCCUGCCUUGUUUAUUAUUCUCCCACCCUGAUUACAGCCUGUAAUUCAUUUAUUUGAUAUUGCCUGUUUCCUCCGAUUUAACUGUAAGCUCCAUGAGGAGAGGGAUCUUGUCGGUGGUGUUACAAUGGAGUCUGAGGGUUUGGGUGCAUGGCAUAAGGAUUAUGUGUUAUAUGAAUGAAACCUGGGUUUGAAAGCAGUUAAUCAAGCAUUAUUUGUUUAAAGAACUAAUUCUAAAUAUGAGACUUCUCUGUUUGGGUGGAAAUUAAUCUUAAUUGUCUCGUUUCAGGAUGAGCUAAUAAAAGCAAUUACAGCCCGCUCAGCCAGGCAAAGAAGUUCUGAAUACUCUGAUGACUUUGACAGUGAUGAGAUUGGUAUGUGUGAAUAUGCAAAAGUAAACCACUUGUCCUUUUUUUGCUUCUUUAGUUGCAUUUAGCCCAUCCCUACAAAAACAAUCACUUACGUUAAAAAAAUACCUAUAAAUACACUGGUUUUAAAUUUCCAACUUUUUAAUGAGUAAAAAGCCAUUCAGAACUUUUAAGAAGUUGUAGGAUUGUCUUUGUUUAUUUCUGAGCGUGUAUACUGAAAAUGUAAAUUAAUUGAUAGGUUUGCAGUGAAAGGAUGUCUGUCAGUUGUAAACCAUGUUGGACACGAGUGUUGACCCUAUGAGACCCUCCAGCGAAUUGAAAACUAGGGCCUGUGGAACUAAACUUUGGUGCACAUCAGAAUCACUUUUGUAAUACUUUUUAUAAGUCAGAUUUUUUGGCUAUAAUAGGGGCUCUGUUUUAAAAGCCUAGCAUAUCGGCACUGGUAUUUUAAUUUGGUUCUUUGAUUAUGUAAAAAUAUUAGCAUUUUAGGUUUCAAGUGUAAAGACACAUAAUUCCAACCUCACAAGUCAGUGUAUUAUACUUUAAUAUUCAGUGAAUAGCUCUUGAUAUUGUCUUUAAAAGUAAUCAGAAUAAUAGUUAAAUCAUUGCUAUAUAGUUAAGUUAGCAUUCUUUAUCAACCUUCUCAUAGUAAAAGCUAAUACUCUGGUAUGCAUGAAAUUGUAGUUCUGAAAUUUUUAUGGAAAAAAAUAUAAUUAGCAAAUAACCAGUAAAAUUCUUUCACUUAUCAAUGUUCUUGAUUUUAUAUAAUGACGUCAUUUGCAGAUAAAAGCUUUACAGUCCAAAACCCAGCUUAAAUAUCCCAUGUCAUUGUUAUUUUGCGGGACCUUUGGAUGAUUCUCAGAGCGAGUGUAGGGCUUGGCACACUCUUCACACUCAUUUCCUUAGGUGAUUUUUCUGAUACCUCAGUAGAUGAAAAUUCAGAUAAGAAAAAAAUGAAUGAUUUCCAUUUAUCAGAUGAUGAAGAAAAGAAUUCCCCAAAACUAUCUUUUUUGAAAACCAAGAAAUCAAACAUUGACAUGACAAAAGAUGAGCCAGCUUUCUCUGCCAAAAAUGAUGAGGACAUGGCACCUGGUGGUUGUGGAGACGUGGUUGGAGCUCCCUUAUCUGAAUCUCAAAGUGAAGACCAGGAAAUUGAAAAGGACAAAAUUAAAAUGAAACCUAAACCCAGGAUUCUCCCAGUCAAAAGCACAUCUUCAGAAAACAACAGCAGCCUUGAAGCAGACAACCACUUCAGGCCUUCACCUCGGCCACGGAGCAUGUUGAAAACACACAGCCACAAGGAGGAGAAAGAUGGGCCAGGAGAAGGUAAAACAACUGCUCUCCGUGAAGAAUUAGAGCCACAUUCUGCACCUUCCCCCCUCCCAGCGCUAAAUGAUGGACAACUAGAAGCUGAGAAAAAAGCAUUCUCGGAAAACCUAGAUCCUGAGGAUCCAUGGUUAACAAGUCUAUCAUCGUCAUCUCUUAAAGAAAGUCUUGGAGAUUCCUUAUCACCAGGAUCUGGGGAAAAAGCAUCCAUACAAGAUCAGAAUGAAGAACUUACUGAAAACCACAAUUCCUUGAAAUCAAAUGAAAAUGAAGAGAAUUCAUUUUUGAUAGACUUUGUUACUACUCCACAUGAGAAAUCCAAGGAAAGUCAAGUGAUUACUGAUGACCUUGAAGAAGAAAAGGAGAAAGCUGAACUGAUCAUGAAUGAGUUGACAGCUGAUCCACCGCUAUUGAAAUCUCAGAGUAUCGUAAUAUCCGCUGAUACAACUGCAUCUUCAAAGAAAACAAUUGAAGACAGAAAUAUGAAGAAUAAAAAAUCAACAAAUAAUAGAGCGUCCAGUGCAUCUGGCAGAUUAAUGACCUCUGACUUUUUAAAGAAAUCUAGUUCUAUAAGGAGACCACCGUCAGCAUCUACCUCUUCUCACUAUUUAGGGACUUUGAAAGUCUUGGACCAAAAGCCCUCACAGAAACAGAACCUAGAACCUGAACGAGCAGAUAACAUAAGGGCAGCUGUUUAUCAGGAGUGGUUAGAAAAGAAAAAUGUAUAUUUACAUGAAAUGCACAGAAUUAAAAGGAUUGAAAGUGAAAACCUAAGGAUCCAAAACGAACAGAAAAGAGCUGCUAAGAGAGAAGAAGCAUUAGCAUCAUUUGAGGCCUGGAAGGCUAUGAAAGAAAAGGAAGCAAAGAAAAUCGCCGCCAAAAAAAGACUUGAGGAAAAAAACAAGAAAAAAACCGAGGAAGAAAAUGCUGUGAGAAAAGGAGAGGCGCUACAGGCGUUUGAACGAUGGAAAGAGAAAAAGAUGGAGUAUCUUAGAGAGAAAAAUAAAAAGGAGAAAGAAUAUGAAAGAGCGAAGAAGCAGAAAGAGGAGGAAACUAUUGCUGAGAAAAGGAAAGAUAACUUAACAGCUGUAGAGAAAUGGAAUGAAAAGAAGGACGCCUUUUUCAAAGAAAAGGAGAAAGAGAGAAUAAAUGAGAAAAGAAGAGAAGAACUGAAAAAAGCAGAGAAGAAAGAUAAAGACAAGCAAGCUAUUGAUGAAUAUGAAAAAUGGCUGGAAAAGAAAGAAAGGCAGGAAAGAAUUGAACGAAAACAGAAGAAACGUCAUUCCUUUCUUGAAAAUGAGGCACUUCCUCCCUGGAGCCCUCCAAGUCGAACUGUGUUCUCAAAAGUGUUUUGAUAAUUCUCAUUCUUACGUGAGAUGUAGUUAUUUAUCAAUUCACUAAUUUUAGCCGUGAGUUUGAAACUAUUUAUUCAGUUAGUUAGAAGAGUUCUAUGUUAUUAAACGCCAGCCAUUUCCACUCACUGUGGAUAAGAUGCUUUGGAGUUUAAUCAAUGAAAUAAUUGAAGGCAUUUUUCUUGGACCGUAGAUAAGCUGCCUCAAAUGAGAAGCUAAUAAUCAGAUCGCUCUUACCGUUAAAAGAACCCUUUAUCAUGUCUUUGUAAUUGUUACAAUCAAGUGACCCAUGACCACUUUCAGCCGUGCCCGGUAUUGAAGUGUGUGUAUUCCCCAGAAUAAAGGAAACCAUUUAGGUAUGACAAUCAUAGAAAUAAUUGAAUCAUUCUGUGAAUGAUUGUCCACCUAGAUUCAGGUUUUAAAAGGAAUCAUUGCUGGCAGUACGCAUGUAUUAUUUUUUCCAAAACUUAUCUUUAACUUGAGUGGUUGUACUUGCACUGUACAAGUUACAGUUUUGGUCCGGUGAGGCAGAAGCUCAGUAGAACUCUAAUCCUCCAGGCAUUCUAUUUAAGGAGUAUGCCUUAUGUUUUAAUAUGAGUGUAUCUGUCCCAGAUUUCCAUGACAAUCAUAGACAUAGGCAUUUGAGUAGACCUCUCAAAUUUGUCCUCUAAAUUCUAUCUCACUUUAUUAUUUCGGUGAUAUCAAAAGAUAUCCGUUUCUUGGCAGUGAAAUACUCACACAAUUGAGAUGGAAAUUCCACACGAGUUCAAGGUCAUUAUCACUGUUAUUAUUUUCCAGAUUUAAGCCAUAUAGGUGAUAAAGGCAAUAUUUGACCUCUUAACCUAUUCUAGAUUCUUAUAGCUUAUAUUUAGAAGACAGCUGUAUAGGAAGGUAACUUGUAGAAAAUGCCCAAAGAAUCUUUAUUUAUUUAUUUGAUCUGUGCAUAUCUUUAUAUUAAUUGGACUCAUACUUGAACUGGUCAGCUAAUUUAUCACAGACCAAAUGUAUGCUCUCAGAGUUGUGAUACUACUUUAGCCAAUGAUGGGAUGCAAUGAUGGGUGAGAAUAUAAUUACUUUUUAUUAAGCACCUAUUGUAUGGUCUCUUCUGGGUCUUUACAAAUGUUAAUUCUUUGCAACAAGUAUUCAACGCAGGUAUUAUUUUUCAGAUUAAAAAUGCUGAGACUCAGAGAAGUAACUUGCCAUACAUUUAGCAUGUGACAUUUGAGAUUAGAAUUGAGUAAGUCUUCCUCCCCCCAGAAUCAAUAGGCUCAUUUUUAUGCUCUGUAUUAUAUCAACUUUAUAAACACAUUUUACCUCUCAGAUCCUAAAAUCGUGCAUUGUUACUUAGAGCUUGUAUUUCCUUUUAAGAAAUAUCUGUUUGUUAUCAGAGAUGGUGAACUUUAUUAGAUCUAUAAAAUGAAAGAAGAUUUCAUAAUAUGUAAAGAAUUAGUCAAAUGCCUUGUAUGUAGUAUUAGAAUGUCAGGAAACCCAGCAGGUAGUGGAACAUAGGCUUUUGAGAUAGUCACUCAGAAGGUCCCACUCUGAGGAUUAGGCUGGCUGCAGUGCGUUCAAGAUAAGAGACAUCACAGAUCACUAGAUCACAUCAGUGCUACAGGUAGUUGUGUUUUUUUUGUUUUUUGUUUUUUUUUUAAUUAUAAACAAAACUAGAAGCCUUUUUAUACUGCCAGGAACCAGGAGAAUACUUCAUGAAAUUGAAACUAUUAUCACCAAUGUGUAUUAUCAAUAUGGGAUUUAGCUCCUCUGUUUUUCACCAAAUAGAUAUAUAUAGUGCCUACCAGGAUGAAUCGUUGUUUAUGGUAUCUAAUUAGCUAUUCAGAGCUAAGAAGGUAUUUGCAAAUUCCAGGAAAGUUAAAGGAAAAAAGGUCAGGGAUAUGAGAUCAUAAAUGCAUAUGUCAUAAAUUUCACAUUAAAUGUUUACACUUCCCAAUUAUUUUCUUCUUCAUUAUCAUUUAGUGGCUUGCUAUCAUCGCUUCUUAGUUGCAGGAGCACUGAAUGAAGUUAGUAAUUAAUGUAAAGCAUAUGGCACAUAAUAAGGACUUAAUAAAUGUUCAUUUUCACUUACUUACUUCCAUAAGCCCUGCAUUUCCCCACUUCAUGUAUGUGAGGAGAAGGUCAACACGGAUGGAAUUGAUAAUGGUUAUUUGACUUACACGUUCUUAGCAUGCAAGAAGAAAUCUCCACUUUCCUGGCCAGUCUGGUCAUCAAAAGAGAAUAUGGAGGUGAGUUGGAUUAGAGACCUCCUAAAAAGAAAUCUAAAGAAAUCUAAAUCUUAGCACUGCUUGUGAAGUAGAAUGAAAUGGGAAAUUGAGGUGUUUGCGAAGACCCAGCAAUUCAUUUCCCUCAGUGGGGAAUUUUGUCUUAACUACGAUAAAUAAUAAAUUACUUCCUGUUUACAGUAACACCUGCUGAUCAGUUAUCUAGUUGAAUGAAAUCCUCUCUUCUUCCCGUAGCAAAAAUAAAGCUGAGUUUUAAGAGCUGGAUGAAAGUAAAGUACUGUUGACUUUCUGAGAUCCAAAGGAGAGAAUCCAACCUGGUAAUAUUCUCUUGAAUGCAUUUAUCUAUUUAAGGGGUAUGAUUUUCCCAUAUAUCCUUUAAAGUAUCAAAUAUCAAUACAUUUGCUCAUCAAGUUUUCAUUAAUUUAUAAUAGGGAAUUCAAAUUAAAGACACUAAAAGCGUAUAGAUUUUCAGACUAAAAUUCUACUUUUGUAAACUGUAUUGAUCACUUGAAUGCUAACACCUCAAAGUACAGAAAAUAAGAAUUUAAUGAAUAUUUUGUAAUAUGACUGAAAACAAUUUCCCUAGAAAUUGGCAGAUUAAUACAAAAAUAAAAUUGUAUACAGAAUGUAUUUUCCCCGUAACAAGCAAGAAAACAGUAGUGCGUUCUAUAAAUAGAGAAAAACUAUAUGGCAUUUUAGAUCAGUAGGAAGUGGCAGUUUUCUUAAAGAAAAUAAGAACCAUUCAGGGAUAACAAUUUUCCAGUGGUUUGUAUUGCAUCCUGUUUUGAAAAUGUUAGUAGUUCAUUUAUUGUUCUAAAUAGUAUUGAAACUGAUGUCUCACUGUUGCCAAAGCGGUAGCUGAAAAUAGUUAAGUGUUCCCAGUUGUAUAUACCUUGGAGUGAUAAAACUAUGUAUCUGGAAGGGUUUUAAUAAUUUAAUAAAGUUGGCCCAAACACUA